AUGAGCACUAACACUUCGUCGCAGGGCCCUUCACACAGAGAUUUGUUGGUCCAGGCUAAACAACAGCAGAAGCAGGACCUACUAGACUCAGCUAAGGCUUCGGACAAUUUGGUUCGAACGGUGAAUGCUAUAGUGAGAGCCAAUUCGGUGGCAAACAGUCCCAACUGCCCGUCUCUUCUAGACAAGAUUACCACGAUUCACGAAAUUGAUGCAGAGAUCGACAGACAACUCAAGAGAGAUAUCAGUGCUAACUACGAGCAGCUUAUUCAAGCAAAGCAGAAGCUUUCGAGAGAACUUAAAAGAUCAAAGGGGGCUCUCAAGUACGGAAAAGAAGAAGGGACAUCGUUAGUGGAGAUUUUGCAGAGGAAAGCAGAGACUCUAGACCAGGAAUUGAGAGUUCUUGAGCAUUCGCUAAAGUUGAUCCAAUCAAGAAACGGCGACUGA